GAUAUUUUCAGAAGCUUGCAAAGAUACCAGAAACAUGCAUCAUACCUACAAGGAGUUCAAUAAUUCCGUCGUCCUGCACGAGUGGCAAGUGACCAACGAACUUCUCGCCGACAUUUGUUGCAAUUCCAAAGGCGAAGGAGGACACGGAGCAAUGACCAGUGGAGAUUGGCGAUGAGCGGUGCAGAGGAAUAACAGUACACAGUUUAGACGAAUUCCAUUUUAAUUACAUGGAAUAAAGGAGAAUAUAGAAAUGCGGUGGAAUCAUAUCAAAAAUGAAGAACUGAAUGAAUGCGAAUCCUAAAAAGAAAGAAAAAAGCUAAACUCGGCGAGUACGACACUCCACAAUAACGUUUCGUUAUCGACGGAGCGCGAAUGCAGCUCCGAAUAGCAUUGGCGGAAAUUCAAGUGAGAAUCAUCAUAACUUGGACAAUGGAACGACUGCCAACGAAUUAAUGGAAUAUAAGAAUGGAAGGGCAAUUCAAUCAUAAGUUAGCAAAGUUGUGACGGAGCGAAUUAGCUGCCAAGGAAAAGUUAAAUACUUUUGCUUCUAAAUUUUCAUAAACAAGCUGAAUAUAUGGGAAGAAUGGACACUUAUAAUUAUCGACGCCGUCAGUGACAAUAACGGAUUUCUCACUAACUUCAUUAUACAAAGAAAAUGGGAUAAGCGGGCGAAUUAUCGAUAGAAAAUUGCCUGGGAAACGAUUACUUCGCUGGUUUGAGGUAAUGGAAAAUGAACAGAAAGCGACAUUACUUCUUCAAGAUGACGAUGCAACUUAUAGGGAAAAAAAGUUUUCCCCGAAAAGCGAACCGGGGAGCCAAAACGAGAAACCCAUCAAUCUACUGGAACUAUCGUCAAUUCAUAUGCUCCAGCUCAAGCGGAUACCCGAUUCCAAUGAAUUUCUCCGAUGAAUUUGACUUUGACGAAGAUCGUGUCUAUGAAAUGCUUUGCUCAGAUGAUGAGAAUACGACUGAUUAUUCUGACGAGAUCAUUGCGAUAAUAGAUGCGAAUAUGCGGAGCCUAUGGAUAUUUCAAUUGUGAGUGAUGCUACUAACUUCUGGAGCCGCCGGAACAACCGAGCAAAAUUAAAAACGAAGAUUGAAGCAAAAACCCGUAAAAACUGUCGAUAUCACUACUUCGUAUGCUCAGGAGAUCACAAUUUCGAAACUCCACUGAUCUCUGAUUUUGCUCCGAAGGCGCACGUUCAAGUUCUGACACAACGGCGGAUUUUUAAUUCCCCAAACUAUAAAACCGAGACAGAAUAAAAAACAAAUUUGGACUGGAGUUGGAAAGCGAACGAACAAGUCUUUGGAUGAAUAAAGGUUUUUGUAUGAACUGCCACUCACACACACUGAUCGAUCUUAUAAGGGUUUAUUAUGUGAUAAAAACAGGGUAGGAAUUCUUACGAAUGCAAGAAACUCUCAAAGAUGAUUAGCGGACAUGCAUGCGGACAAACAACUUCGACGAGAUGUGCCUUCCUUUAAACUCAGAAGUGGAAAAUAAAAUACAAAAUCUUGGCCUAAAAAAUCGAUUUUUCUGGAAAUUCUUCGAACUUGUCAACGCCGCUCCGUUUUGUGCCACUCGCCGAGCCCCGUACACACAUAUUUUUGAGAAGAAUCCUGCCAUAUCUGGGAACGAAAUUAUUUUACAAAAAAUAAAGAAAAAAGACCCAAAAGCAAAAAAAACAAAUUUGCGAAAACAGAACAAAGUGUUUUUCGCCAAAAAUCCGAAAAAGAAUGGAAUUGAGUUUGAAAUGUUUUUUUCCGAAAAAAUUAAUAUUUUGAGCAUACUUGUAAUCCGGUUACAUUUUUUAGCGUUAUUUUUUGAAAAAAAAACUUACAUGUA